UCGAACCGGCCAACACUGUACCACAUCAGUUUGAAGAUGGCGGAGGGUGAAUUGAACGUGGACAGCCUCAUCUCUCGGCUUCUGGAAGUGCGGGGAUGUCGCCCGGGGAAGAUAGUCCAGAUGACAGAGGCAGAGGUGCGGGGCCUCUGCAUCAAAUCCAGGGAGAUCUUCCUCAGCCAGCCCAUCCUGCUGGAGCUUGAGGCCCCCCUAAAGAUCUGUGGUGAUAUCCAUGGGCAGUACACAGAUUUACUGAGGCUGUUUGAGUAUGGCGGCUUCCCUCCAGAGGCAAACUACCUUUUCCUGGGCGACUACGUGGACAGAGGAAAACAAUCCCUGGAAACCAUCUGCCUUCUGUUGGCCUACAAGAUCAAAUACCCAGAGAACUUUUUCCUGCUCAGGGGCAACCAUGAAUGCGCUUCCAUCAACCGCAUUUAUGGGUUCUAUGAUGAGUGCAAGCGCAGGUUCAACAUAAAGUUGUGGAAGACCUUCACUGACUGCUUUAACUGCCUCCCCAUUGCGGCUAUCAUUGAUGAGAAGAUCUUCUGCUGCCAUGGAGGGCUAUCGCCUGAUUUGCAGUCCAUGGAGCAGAUUCGCCGGAUCAUGAGGCCAACAGAUGUGCCUGAUACAGGCCUGCUGUGUGACCUGCUGUGGUCAGACCCAGAUAAGGACGUACAAGGAUGGGGAGAGAACGACCGCGGCGUCUCCUUCACAUUCGGUGCAGAUGUGGUCAGCAAGUUCCUAAACCGCCAUGACCUGGACCUCAUCUGCAGAGCCCACCAGGUUGUGGAGGAUGGAUAUGAGUUCUUUGCCAAACGCCAACUGGUCACACUUUUCUCUGCUCCAAACUACUGCGGGGAGUUUGACAAUGCAGGCGGCAUGAUGAGUGUUGAUGAAUCCCUCAUGUGUUCCUUCCAGAUCCUGAAGCCCUCAGAGAAGAAGGCCAAGUAUCAGUAUGGUGGUGUAAAUUCUGGUCGGCCCGUCACCCCACCCCGCACCGCCCAAGCCCCCAAGAAGAGGUGAACGUACAGCCUUGGCUCUUCCCCUUCCUUCUCACCCUGUCCGUCCCUGGUCUGCCACCACGGCAACCCCUGUAACUCCCCUGUAUAGCGAAGAUACAGGGCUUAUCUAAUUGCCCAAAUCUUACUUCUCUUUCUUCCCCACUCACCCACCUCCUCUCCAACUCCACUGACAGCUCUUUUCUUAAUGUGUAUGUGUACAUAAAUUUGCUGUGAUCAAUCUGUUGUUUUUUUUUUUCGUUUUUGUUUUUUUGCCUGUUUGUUGGUAUUUUUGAUAUUAUUAACAGAUAAUCUUUUUUGUGGUUUUACUUCCACUGCCAUUUGAGGUUUUCUGAGGUUCUGUGUCGUGAAAGGAAAUGCCUUCUCUGUGUAGAGAGGCAGAGCGACUGAGUUAGACGAAUUCUUUUUCAGUUCAGUAACAAAAACACAGUAGAGAUUGAACAUUGUUUUGCCUUGACCUCUCAUAAAGCAGAGAGAAUCCUUCCAAUGUAUUUCAGUGAGUCUGAGGUUUCCAUGCGAUGCAAAAAUCUCUAGACACAAAUAACAAUUGUCUUAUUCCAGCGUAGUUGAAAUACAUUAUAGCAUGUGUGGUGAACUUGCGGUUGUUGUGCACAUUUUAUAUAUAUGUAACUAUUGAACAAGUGCACCUCCCCAUGAGUAGCAAAGAAUGUGAAGAGACUGGCGUGAAUGAAAUAUAGAGGCUAAAUCAGAAGCUGCUGGCAGUGGACACGCUUUACCCCGACACAACGCCCUCUGGGCAUCGAUUCCUCCGCUCCGUUGUGCCUCCCUGUGCCUCGACUCCACACCCACACAAAAACAUGCCGCUUCUCACACAGAGCUGGUAUUGACAUUUUCCUGGGUCUAUUUAAUAUUUGUUCUCAUCAAGAUCAUUUACCCCGUAUGAUCCUCUUGAUUUACAGUGAUAAAAUGCUAAGUGAAAUAAUAUUGUGCCCAUGGAAGGUUAAGUCCUUGCACAGGCAUUUAACUAAUAUCAGUCACUUAAGUUCAGUAUUUUACCUGCAGACAUACUGGAUAUAGUGUGUUAUUAAAAGUGCUUAAAAGUUCCUAGUAUUUGUAUGAAGAAGCACAUAAGGAUAUAAAAUAUCUAACAGCACUGGCUGGUGUCAAACGUAUCUAAGCAGAGUGUUAAAAAGACCAAAUAAUCAAAAGAAAUAAAAAGCAAGCUUCACUAAAUGCGCCACUAUAUUCGCAUUGUUUAGUGCUGUGUUUAUAGAGCAUAUAACGAACAUAAUAAAAAUAUUGCUCUUGGAAGCUGUUAUGUAAAAUGCCAGCAAUCCUCCUUUCACAUCACCCAAUCUGUUCUGGUACAGAGUAAGAAAACUGGCGGAGUCAGGAGUGGGUGGCAGGAGCAGGCCGUUUUGCUAUGUGAUAGUGAUGCCACCUGGUGUAUAAAUACAGUAAUACAGUACAGAGUAGUACAAAUCAGAUGUUCUAAUGGGCUUUUCAUUACAUUGCCUGUACAAAAUGUUGUCAUUUCCCCACGAGGAGGUACUUCAGUUCGACUGACCGGCGAUUAGCCUGGUCGGCAGUUAACUUAAGUCUACUGCGAGUGAGAUGCAGUUGACCCUUUUGUGGUAAACAGUUGCCUAUUUUCUUUCUUCUUUUUUUUUUUUUUGCUCUUUGUGGUGUUAUUCUUUCUGUUGUAUUUCUAUGUUCUCUCUGUUCACAUUGUUUACUUUAUAUUCACUUAAUUUAUUUCCUAAUAAUAAGAAGAAAACAAUGAGGUGUUACCAAAAGCUGUUUUGCAAUUUGUACAAGUUUGUUUGAAAGUCUAUAAAUUCAAUUAAAAUGGAUGGAUACCAAAA